AUGAACGAAAAGAAGAUUACUACAAUUAAUAAGGUAUCUAAUGGAACAAAACCUAAGCAAUAUCAUCCUAUUAAUCAAGGCCAAUCAGCAACGAAAAAACAAACAAUGUCCAUUGCUUCGCUAUCACGAUCGAGUAGUAGUAAUACAAUAUUAAAUUCUUCGGAGGAUUCAUUUUGCAUUGAAAGCUAUAUUCUCUUCUGGUUGGAUACGAAUAUUAAUCUAGAUGGUGAUGAUCAUUACAAUGAUACUAUCAAACAGUUACGAUCGAUCGUAAAAAAUAUUCACGUAUUUAAUCAUGAUGGCGCAUGCAUUAAUUUUCUUAGCAAAAUCAAGCAUGAAAAAGUAUUGAUGGUAAUAUCGGGCCGAGUUGCUCAACAAAUUAUGUCUCGUAUUCAUAAUGAAUCUCAUCUGAAAGCAGUUUUUAUCUUUUGCGAAAAUAAACCCAAAUAUGAAUCAUUAGAAAAGAAUUGGCCGAAAGUCCAAGGUAUUUUUACAGAUAUCGCAGCUGUGUGCCAAUCGCUACAACAAGUAGUAAAUCAAUUUGAAGAAGAUUCUAUAGAUAUUAGUUUCCUCGCGGCUAGCGAUAUUUCCGCUCCAAGUUUGAAUCAACUUGACCAAUCAUUUAUGUAUACACAAUUAAUUAAAGAAAUCCUAAUUGAAAUCGAAUACAAUAAACAGAGUGUCGAUGAUUUCCUUGCCUAUUGUCGUCAUAAGUAUUCGGAUGACACGACGGUCUUAGACUCUAUUCAACAGUUUGAGAAAGGAUACGGCAUUGAUUCGUCCAUAUCAUGGUAUACGGCUGAUUCUUUCAUUUACAAAAUACUUAAUAGGGCUCUGCACGAUCAAGAAACUGAUGUUAUUAUUAAGAUGGGAUUUUUUAUUCGGAGUCUUCAUGAAAAUAUAAAGCAACUUCAAUUGCAUCAAUUGCAUAAGUUUAAAAAUGAAUUUGUUGUCUACCGUGGCCAAGGCAUGAUGCCAGAAAUAUUUGAAAAACUGAAAAAAGCAAAAGGUGGAUUGAUUUCGUUCAACAGAUUCUUGUCGACAAGUACAGAACAAAGUGUCGGUUUAGACUUCAUUGAAAAGACUUUGGUGAGACCGACAGUAACUGGUAUUCUUUUCACCAUUAAAGUUAAUCUAUUGGUUUCAUCGACGCCCUUUGCCGAUGUUCACGAGUACAGUCAAUUUAAAAAAGAAAAGGAAAUAUUAUUCUCGAUGCCGACUGUUUUCCAUAUUGAUAAUAUUUACAUUGACAAGAGCAAGCGAUUCUGGCAUGUUCAUUUGACAUCAACAAGCGAUAAUGACGAACAGUUCCAUCAUCUAACUGAACGCAUGCGAGAAGAAAUCGAAGGACCAUCGGCACUAUAUCGAUUGGGUGCAUUGAUGAUAAAACUCGGAGAAUUUGCCAAAGCUGAAGAAGUAUACGAAAAUCUGCUCAAUCGAACGUCCGAUGAACACGAAAAAGGACAUAUUUAUUAUCAGUUGGGACAAAUCAAUGAUAAUCAAAAUAAACAUGUCGAAGCACUUGAAUUCUAUCGGCAGGCACUUAAAAUAUAUUGUGAAAAUCUCUCGCCAGAUCAUCCAAACAUAGCUACUUGCUAUAACAACAUGGGUCUCGUAUAUGAUAAUAUGAAGGAUUAUGGGAAGGCAUUAUCAUACUAUGAAAAAGCAAACGAAAUCUAUGCGAAACAUUUUCCAGAUAAUCAUCCCAAUAUAGCUAAUUGUUGUAAUAGUAUCGGUUUGGUAUAUAAUAGUAUGGGUGAUUAUGAAAAAGCACUUUUAUUUUGCAAAAAGGCACAUGAAGCAUUUAAAGCAACUCUUCCAAAAAUUCAUCCAGUAUUGGCAACUUCACAUAAUAAUAUGGGUCUAGUCUAUGGUAAUAUGAAGAAGUAUUCCGACGCAGUUACUUCGUAUAGACUUGCAGUUGAAAUCGGACAACAAGCAUUACCUCCUCGACAUCCGAAUCUUGAAGUUUAUAAAAGAAAUCUUGAAUGCACGAAAAAAAAGAAAUAA